AUGCCGUUCCAGAGCCCCGAGGACACCGGACUCUGGGCGCCGUGUUGGCGCAAAAAGCCUGUAAAUCCUGACCCCGUUGAGCCUGCGCAGGACUCGGGUUCCACGCUGGCUCGUGCACAGACCCUCUGGCUGACCUCGGACCUCAAUUUCUCCCUCCGGAACACGCAGGCUCCAGGACCUCCGCCCAGCCGCCGUCCGGAGGCGAGAGUGCAGAGCCAGCCCAAGGCGCGUCGCGGGCUCGGGACCUGCCGCCACCCCCGGGCUGCUGAGGGCGGCGCCGCCACCGCGGGGUUUCGGGGACGCCGGCUCGCUGCGCGGCCUUCCCCAAGGCAGCGGUGCAGGCGCCGGACCAGCAGCGGCAGCAGCAGCGAGGACUCGAGCGCGGGCGGCAGCAGCGACACCAUGGAUCUGUCCUUUAUGGCCGCACAGCUGCCCAUGAUGGGAGGCGCCUUCAUGGAUUCGCCCAAUGAGGACUUCAGCACCGAGUACUCCCUCUUUAACUCCUCCACCAACGUCCACGCGGCCUCCAGCGGCCAUGGCCAGCCGGAGGAGCCGCCCCGGUCCUCCAAUGAUGCCGUCUUGCUGUGGAUCGCCAUCGUGGCCACGCUGGGGAACAUCGUGGUGGUCGGCGUGGUGUACGCCUUCACCUUCUGAGCGACUCCAGACGGCCCAGCCAGCGAGGCGCUGCGGCUGUCGGCUGCGGGCCACACCCACGUUCUAGAACCAGGAGUUCUGACCAGGCACACAGCCUCUCCAAGCAGAGCCACCAUGCAACCGGAAUUCCCCCAAGCAGCCCUGAUUUCAAAUACUCCACGCUGUGGUCCAGCUGAUCCAGUAAACGCGAAGGCAUGACUUCCAGCCCCCAGAGGCACGACAGGGCCAAGCCUCCGAGGAGCAGAUUGGGAAAUUCUGAAAACUGCAUCUCAAGAACAUGAGACCAGAGGGAAUGGCCAGUUAGGUUUAAAAUACAGACAUGGUUGGAUGAUAGUUCGCUGACAGUAAAUAAUCAUUUAUGUGUCUUGUUUUUUAUGCAAACUUAUCACACGUGGUGUGUGGAGCACUGGGGCAGGAGCAGCCCUCAGAACUUGAGUGUGCCCACGCCAAUCUUGGUUUCCCACUCAGCCCCUCAGAAUACUGGCGGUAGCCCCUUGAAGGGCCGUUGAAUGUUCCUUGUUUGACUUAGAAAUGGCAUCUUUGUCAACAGACACCUGGCCCCUUAUGAAACCCGAAAGCAUCAGAAAACCCAGGAAUGGGGGGGUUACUGGUGAGACGGUGAGGCUUCCGGGGUGGUCGUGGUGGUUUUUAUCUGCUGGAUAGUCUAUCUCUUCUUUUUAAAAAGAGGAGAAGGCAUCUUUAAAAAUCAGAUUUGCCCGGCAGUUAACUCUUCAGGACCCCUACUGAAGAUGUCCUUCCUUCUCUGAGAAAUCACGGAGUUUGGGAUGAAUAAGGCUCCAGUCCACCUCCUCCUUUGGCAGAUGGGCAGGAGAGGGGCGUGGUUCGCCUUUGAUCGCAGGCAGUUGAGCCCAGGGUGGGCACGGUGGUGAGCCACCCACAUUUAAAAGUGGUUUGGCCACUAGGUGCUCUUGCAGGCAUGAACGGGUUCUGCCUGAGUCAAUGUCCUUAUGUGCUUAAAAGCCAGUGGCCGGGGGGACUGGCAAACCAGGGAGCCCCCUCGUCAAGACUAGAGCAGGAUGGAUGUGCUGGAGGAGGCAGUAGAGGGAAGGGCUCAGUUUUCUUUCGUCCUUAGGAAAGGUCGUUGCACAGUGCCCCUACUUCCAGAGACAGCCUUCCCCCGACCCCCAUCCCUGCCCCCGAGAGUGGGAGGAGCUCAGAGGCGGGCUCACUCGCCUGCAGGCAGGGAGUGGCUUUCUCCUUGCCUCCCCCCUGCACUGUGAAAAGAAAAUGAAGGGCAUGACCUCCCCCUUUGUGCUGGAGAAACUUAUAGGACCAAUAAGAAGCCUUCAUGCAUAUUUGCGGACAAUUGCAAAGAGGCUGAAUUUGUCACUGUGGUCCCAGGAGAAAUGAGUGCUCCUGAUGCCAGGCAAAGGGACAUCUUAAUUGUCCAGGGGCAGCCACUCAUCUCUGGGAGGUUGGCACCAAGCUGCCCUGGUAACAGGAUUACACCCGACCUCCAGACAGUGCCGGCAGACAGCCGCCAGCUCUUAUUGGCCGCAUCCGUCACUGCCACCCGGCGUCCAUCCACAGAUGCUUCAGCUCGAGUGGAGAUCAGGAGCACAGAGAGCCAGUGUGACCUCUGCAAAGUGGGAGAAGGGAUGUGGCACCUUCUACCAGGACCUCUUUUGGAAUCACUGACGGGGCCCUGCUGUGUGCAGGCAGGACCAGCCUGGAGGCAGGGCUGGGUGGUUGCCAUGGGAAACACUCCGUCCCAGCUGCUUCUACAGCAAACUCCUCUCCGUGAAGCUCUGGCGUCCGCCACAUGAGCGAGGUCUUUCUUAGACACAUGUCUUUAUGAGAAGGAGCCAAGGAGGGAGGUCCAGAGCCAGGGUGGGGAGAAAAUGUGUCUUCAUGGGGGGUCACUCAAGUCCAAAUUCUCUGACUCUUUGCCUCCUGACCUGACAUUCCCAGGGAAGCCCGCAGCCCUGUAAGAGGCAGGUGGCAGCUCCCUAUUCUCAAAAGGCCUGUGAAAACAGAAUUCUAUGUUUGCCAUGAUGGGGAGAGGAGAGAAAAGGUUGGCUUCUAGCUGUAAGGAGAGCUCCAGCCUCCAGGCCAGCCCUGGUGGGCCCCUGUUCACUGGGUACUUCUGGGCACAGGGGUUUCCCCUGUGAAAGCUUUUUCCCCCUGACAUGAGUGACAGUUAAAUUCAACUUUCAAAUCUUUCUCCCUUUUCUGUCAGGGCCAUAGAUGGUCAGGAGCUUUAGGGGCCUUCUAUCCGAAUUUUGCAUCAUACAGAUUACAGUGACUUGCCCAAGUUCACUCCAUCUCCAUCUCCUGUGGUUUCUUUGUCUCCACCUUCACUCAGAUAAUGGUGAGAAUCAAUGUGCACGUUAGAUUUCCAGCCAGAGUGGCUGCCCUCUCCCUCCUGCCUCAGUUGGGGUUCUGUCUUGGGUGUUAAGAAAGGCCAGCAAAUCUGACAUCAGGGCUUGUGUCCUGCGUCCGGGCACUGUGCCCCACUCGCAUGCACAGAUUUAAUCCUUACAAUUACCCUAGUGCAUCAUUGCUCCAAUACACAGAUAAGGAACCAGGAGCUCAGAGGAGUGGACUAACUUGCCCGAGGCCACACAGCAUGAAAGUGAUGAGCAGGCUGAACUUGAACCAUUUAGAACCAUUGGCUUCUAAAGCCGGCUCUUUCUGGAACACGGUGUCGCCUGCCCUGUUCCUUAAAGUUGAAUACAAGUCUCUUGCCUGGCUAGAGAAGCUCCCAGAAACCAGCUUUCUCGGGAUACGUGUAGAAGGUCCCUGGCCCAGACCCAGAACCCACAGUGGGGCCCUCGGGAGGAGGAGGCUCAUGCAGCCAGAAUUGAUGAGGACAUCCUCAAUGUGGGAUGGUCCAUGCUGCAGGCUGGGCCCCAGCCAGCACAGGCUCAGGCCUCCCGCUGAGCCCCAGGGCUCUCCCAAGCACAGGGAUGGGUGGGGUCGGGGUCGGGGGUGGGGUGCUCCUCCCUCAGACCCCAGCCAGCCUGGGGCUCCCGUUCUGGCUUCUCCCAGGUGAGGCUGGCCUCGGAGCCCACCCUGGCUUGACGGCCCAUGCUGAGGGAGGAGACGCUUGCCUCUUUAGUCGCUGCUCCUCAGGGAAGGGGUCCUCUGUUUGCUGGAAAGCACCCUGCACUUGCCCCUCAGCGAGCCCCUCCAUUUCCCCGCUGCGAGCCGUAGGUGUUCCACACCCAUGUGUGCCCUUCACCAAACAGACCUCGCUUGCUUUAUGAGGUCAUGAGUUGCUGUCCUUGGAAUUUUGGAGGAGAGGCCGGAGCAUGUCCCAAGGAGAUUCUGCUUCCCAUGAGGACCCAGUGAGAGAUCGCUCUGCUGGUUCCUGCUCUGCCAUUGCUGCCCUCCCCUUUUCCAUGGGAUCAAGGUCAAGAGGCAAACGAGAUUCCCUUGACACCAUCUAUCCGCCAGAGACAGACGCUUAUAUCUCCUUUCAGGAGUCUCGUAGGAUCCGAGGGAGAGAGGCGGGGGGACAGGCUGGCACAACUUGGCUGGAGAGACAACAGGCCAUUUUCCAGUCUGUUCUAAAUGGAUGGCCUGGCUGCCCGCCAGCCCACAAGCAUCUGUCCGAAUCCCUCCCUGGGGACUGGAGAGGCUCGGCCGCCAUCUACACUGCUGCCGAUCCCUUCCAGACAAGCACUCCCCUCUCUCAGGACCAUGACCCUCCCUCAUAAUUAGCGGUGAUGUGGUUAACAAUGAUUAUUCCUCCUGCUGUCGUGACUACACACCUUCCUGUGCUGUGUGCUGUAUAUAGUUCACGUACUUCUCAAAUCACCCCUUGGGGGCUGGUGUGCGGUCAUGUUUUUCUGUGGAGAAAGCUGAGGCCAGGCUGUGCACCUGGGAACCCACAGCGGAGGGGCUGGGGUUCAGAGCCAGCGCUGCUGGCCCUGCAGGCUGGGUGGUCACCCUGCGUCCAUUCCCUCUGUGAUGAGCCCUUUAGAAUGGACCUUCCCAGGACGGGCUUCUGAGGCUGGGCUGUUCUGGUCCCGAAGAGCUGAUUUUGACUGUGAGUCCUAGGAAGGGGUGGGUAACAGUGCCCAGGUAUUUGUCAGUCUCAGAGCCUCACAGUGACAUCAGGACCUUUACCUUUUGGGAAGGCAGCUGGGGCCACGCGGUAAAUUGGUGGAGAGCGGACAGGUUUCGGGAUGCCCGGCCCAGGGCGCCAUCCCCCAGCGUGCUGUGCGUUUGCCGGAGAGACAGGGGUGGCCCUGCCCGGAUGCCCAGCCCAGAGGCUGUGCAUUCGCCAGGAAACUCAGGGGGGACCCUGGAUUGCCAGUCCCAGCCCUGGGACAGGCAUCGUGUUCUCUGCCAGCUGUCACCCAGCCCCCUUCUCCACGUCGUGGCAAAUGCUUUUUGACUGUCCUCAGGUCCCUGGUGGGCUGGGGAGGCCCUAGGAGCUGUUCUCCUGGCCAGAGGGAGCAGUCGGAGGCUGAAUGUUCUGUCUUUGCCUGGCCUACCUCGCGGGGCCCACCUCUCCUGCCCUACCUGCUCUCUGAGAGGUUUGAGAUAGUUGCCAGGUCAGACCAAUCAGCAGGGGAGCAGAGCCUUGAGCCCAGAACAUCUAUGACAUUUCUCAACCACUGGGACUGUGGUUCUCACCUGGGGGCACUUUUACCCUCCAAGGGACCUUUGGCAAUGUCUGAAGACAGUUUUGUUUUUCAUGAUGUGGGGGGAUGUGUUCUACUGGUGUCUAGUGGAUAGAAGCCAGGGAUGCUUUUGAACAGCCCCCACGACAAAGAAUUAUUCAUCCCUAAACACCAGUAGUGCCGAGGGUGGGACACCCAGCACUAGACCGUGCUAUCUCUGACUCCAGAGCUGUGGGUGUCUUCCAAAGCUCCACCUUUCCCCAUUUGUGAGUCACUGAAUAAUUCAAAGCUCUUCUGAGCUGCAGAAGUGAUCAUGGUUGCUGCCUCAAGUUCAAAUAAUAAUUCCAGCCAAGGGCAGUGGUCCGGCACCCAGCAAGCCAUUUGGAAAUCCACGCCCUCUCCCUUGCCACUGUCUUGGGCUUCCGUGCAGAGUCAGCCUGGAUGGAAAAAAAUCCAACAAACUCAAUGGGAGGGUGGGGCUGAACUUGUCCAAUAUUCCCCCUCCCAGUAACUGUGUGUCUCUGGGACCUUGAGGGACCUGGCCCCUCGCCAGUAUAUCUGCGAAAAUCUUAGAAGGGGUAGGGGGUGGGAGGACUGGCUAACAGCCUUUGGGCAAACCCACAUCUUCUCUUGUUUCUGACUUUUUCCUACCCUGUUUCCCCCAGUUGAAAAUAUCCUAACAGCCUUUCUACUAUCUAACGUUUCUACUGUUCAAAGUUUUAAACCUUGUUCUUGUAACUAACCGCUGUCCAGAUACCCAGUCUUCAUGCCAAGAGAACCAGAAACGUUCCUGUGUCUUACGAAUGUUUUCAUAAUCAACUUGUAAAUGUUAGUAGUUUACUGAACAAAAAGGUAUUUUCACUAUUCUUGUAGUCCUUUGCUACUCAAGCCCCCAGGUUUCGAGAUGGGAUCACUAACUUUUACUACAGUGAAAAGGCUAUUUCUUAACGUAGGGCUUCAACGUGCUCUUUUGAUGAAAAAUCUCUAACCUUAAUGGAUGUAAAACUGUAGCUGUGGAAUCGUGCUCCGUUGACUGUUGGCACUGCUGCUUUGUUGUCAUUUUCUAUUAUGAGAAUUAAAACAAAGAAAGGAAAC